AUGGAUCUUCAGGGUGAUGCAGAUCCCACACCGCCCCUGGCCCGCUACCGCCGCCACUACCCAUCCCCCCGCACGCCACCACCAGACAUCUUUCUGCCCGCCUACCACGACCACGACCACCUACCCACCCGCCUGCCAGAGAAAAUGGGAUUCCGAAAAUACGACCCCGGAACCAAGAUCGCAACCGUCCGCGGGGCAUCCGGAUUACACUGCUGCAAACAAGAUUCAGGUUGCCGGCGACGCCUCGUUCUCCAAGUUUGCAGAGGCCGCCUACGACAUUUUCCGAAUGCAGUCGUCUUUAAGAUGAUUAUGCGUGAACCAAAUGACCCUCCCGCGGAUUCAAUGCCGGCCGACGGAAAUUCCGUCAAAAGAGCUCACCCAGUGGACGCCGAUGGAGAGCGCCGUCCCGCUAUCGCCUUGAGGACCCCCGGAGCAUAUAAAAGUACCCAGCAGUCAGCGGUUCCGGGAAUCAAGGCCUUCCAACUGGGCUGUCCAACACCGUUCAAGCUGGCCCCGACGACGGGGUCAAUGCAUCCCCUUUGGGAGGCAGGGGCCAUGGCGCCGUUCAGAACAACGAGCAUUUACUCGCAGCAAUCAACUGGGAGCCGCAGUGUUACACGCGCCGUCACAAAGGACGGUCACAAAGGAAUGUCCACCCCCAAGACUUCCGCGCCAAAGAUUCAUGAGGUGGGGCCCUCUCCCUUGGCAACCAACACGACUGCCCCACGCGUCCCGGCUGGAUGUCAGCCAGUAUCAACGGACGAGAUUGAAGUGAUCCGCGGGCCUCUGACUGCUACAGCCCUCCGCGUGGUUUCUCUCCCAUCGACUUGA